GCUGCCAUUCGAUUCGAUGACCAGCACUUGGUACACACGUUUUUUGGCUUUGUACAAACCAUUCGAGUGCAAUUCCAACUAAGAAGCGUUUUUUUUUUUCUUUUUUUUCGUGUGCACGGCUCAUGCAAUUCGGACAUUUAACUGCCGCGAGUGCGCGUGAUUAAGCAGGCAGCUCCGAUUGCCAGAGUUUCGCGAAGGGAUGGCAACACUGCCGCACGCCGGCCAUGUUAUUGUGAUUUGUAAAAGGUGGAACGUAGACACGUGUUUAAUUCGUGCAGCUCCGUAGCGUUGAGAAAACGACAAUAAAUCGCCAGUAAAUAAUCAAAAACAAUACCCAACACGCGUGUGCAGUAGAUAGCAUUGAAAUCACCCAAAGAUAGUAAACAAAAUAAGUUACCCAAGCGGUUCCCAAAGAUCCUUCAAUAUUCAGCGAAAAUGGUAUCCGGUCGUCCUCUACUCUACCUCUCACUGCCCGGUGUAGCAUUUAUACUCGGCGUCUUUUGGUUUCGGCGUAGAAAUAAAAAUCGUUUAGACAAGCCCGACGACGAUGACUCAUCGGCCAUCAACGACUCGUCGAUUGAGCCCACUGUGCAGGCGCGCAAGGCCAACGGUGUCCUGCAGAAUGGCAAACUGCCGCAGCAGCAGGCCAGCAAGUCGAUGAACAUCAAUGGAACUUUAGUCAACGGAAGCGGGAGCGGAAACGGAAGUAGCAGUGACGAGAAGGAUAGUCCCACAACCAUGUUGUAUGGUAAAUCAGCACCAAUCAAAAUCCAGAGCAAUGGACGCACUUCAAAUGGCAAGCAUCAGCAGCAGAUCGAUUCCGAAAUGCUCAAGUCAAAGAUACAGGACGCCGAACACAAGAAACUCUGCUCGAUAGACGAGGAUUUCGAAAAUCUAUCGUCGCCACGCGAUUUACCAGAUUCGGUAAACACACGCGUAUCCUUCCACAAUCGUAAGGCUAGCCAAAAGACGGUGGAACCGGUGGUGAUCAAGGCCACACGCACACCCAAGAUAUCGCCAGAGAACUCCUUCCUGGAUACCAACUACACCACCAAGGAGUGCGAGCAGAACAACAACUGUGAGCCCAAGGAGAAGGCUUCCAAGGAGGAGUCCUCCAAGAAGGAGGCUGAUCAGGAGGAGCUCGAUCAGGAGCAGGAGCAGACGGUGCUCAAGGAGGAAGUGGUGGAUAGCAAUGGCAACCAGAAGCGCAAUGUGGAUGCGGCCAGUCCAUCGCUGAGCAUUUGCAGCGUGCAAUCGGGCGAUUCUGGCAAAGGAUCCAGCUUGCCGCGUUCGGAGGCGACACGCGUGAAGACCAGCUACGAGUUCCUCUUCCCCAUUAGCCUGAUUGGUCACCUGUACGGCCGCAAGCGGGCGUUUAUUAACCAAAUCAAGGCCAAAACCCUAGCCAGCGUGGCUUUAAGCAAGAAUCCCUACUCGGGUAAGGUGCGCAUCUGCACCAUUGAGGGAACGGAGAGCGAGAUUGAUGCCGCCCUGGCCAUGAUCCGUCAACGUUUGCCGGCCAAGCGGUAUCCGAACUUCACCAUGCAACGCAUCCACUUUGCGCUUCCCCAGACCAUAGUUCCUCUUUCGAACGAAACCCUCUACAAUCUACAACUGAAACUGAUCGAGGGCAUCAACAACGAUGUGGUGGUGAGUGCGGUGCUUUCUGGAUCGCAUGUUUUCAUCCAGCAUCCGCUGCAUCCCUCGCAUCCAUCGUUGCCUAUGCUGCAGAAGCAGCUGUACGAUAGCUACUCCACCAUGGAGGCGCCCUUGCUGCCCAGUUUAGAGGUCAGUGCCGUGUGCGUGAUACCCAUUAAUGGGGUGUGGUAUCGCGUCCAGAUUGUGGACACAGAUCCCGAGGACGAGGAGCGUUGUCUGGUCAAGUUCCUCGACUUUGGUGGCUACAUGAAUGUCGGCUUCAGCACACUGCGACAGAUCCGCACCGAUUUCAUGAAUGUGCCCUUCCAGGCCACCGAAUGCAUCCUGUCCAACAUUGAGCCCAUCGGUGGCACCUGGUCCAUCGAGGCGGCCGAAAUCCUUAACCAACUUACCAAAGGCAUUGUCUUGCAAGCACAAGUCGCCGGCUACAAUAGUCACAACAUACCAGAAAUCUAUUUAUUCGCAUCCCUAGGUCCCAAUAAUGUAAUCUUUAUCAAUAAGGAACUGGUCGCCAGAAACCUCGCAAAGUGGGUGGAGAUGCGUGACUAACAGCCUUAGUGAACAACUCAACUAGCAACCAAGAACUAUAUGAAAACCUAAAAGCAAACUUAAACAACAAUCACUCAAACCCAAAUCAAGCAACUUGGCAGUGCAACAAAGGAAUGCUUGAGUCUUGCGCAACAGGCUCCAAGAAGCGGACUCGGAUCAAGGAUUUCGUAUGCAGCUUUUGCAGUUAGCAUGUAGCAUAUAGCAAAUAGCGUAUAGAAAUUGACCGAUUCCAAAAGAACUGGCAAAUGCAGAGGCCCCCAAAACAAAGAAAAUGAAACGUUCGUUUCGUUGUAGAUUGCGACUGAGCCUAGAGAAAGCCCCUUAAUCAUUACAUAACAAACAACAUCCAUACGCAAGCUACACACACGCAUAUAUGAGUAAGAGCACCUAACACCUCACUAACCCACACAUAUUACACAACAAGGCAAACGUUUGUUUGUUGACUGCCCAGGAUUGGAUACCAAAAUGGGGGGACGAUCAGCUAGGUUAUGAUUUGUGACCACAUGGCACCACAUGGGCGGGCGGGCAUCCUACGGAUCGGCUAGAGCUGUCGGACUUGAGAGCGAACCGCUUAAGAUAUUACCAUACUCAGUUUAUAAGUAGGCAUUACUAACUAGUGUAAAUAGUUUUUAUAACGUUAACGAAAUGCAAAAACAAAAACAAAAAUACACUAAUUAAACCUAACUAAAAUAUCAAGCGUUCAUCAGAUAUAAAGAAAAACAACAAAAACAAACCACAAAAAUGAGAACUAAAUAUAUCUCUGGGUAAGAAUGAAAGGAAAAAACCUGACAUCAUUUUAGUUUUAUGCUGCUAUUUGCUGAGAUCUGUAAAUAUUAUAUUAGGCUUUUUUAAACAUCUGAUAAUAUCUGAUCGACCACUUCAUAUAUUUACCAUGCAUUAUAUAUUUUUUUGUUAAUUUGUAUUCAUAUACUGAAACUACUCAACCGCGAAAAGUACAAGAUUACUUCGAACAGCUGAAAGUUGGAGAUCAAAUGGAGAUGAAGCAGUUAGGAGAAAAAAGGAAGGAAGUUAGAGGAGCAGCAACCACUCGCCUCACCUCACCACACCCGCACUAAAGCCACAGAAUGCCUAACAAAGAAAGAAACCAUUUAAAAGCAGACAAGUGACGUUACAAAUUCUAAUUAACUAUAUAUGCGUGUGUGCCAUUGUUAGUCAACAAACAAACAUAAAACAUAACAAACAAACAAUCAAAGAAAAAAAAACAGAAAAACCUUGAAUGCAUCAAGAAAUGGAUACUUUCCCCCCAAACCCAUUGUAAAUAAAAUCCAUUUUGACAGACAAAGUAAUGCAAAAACAAAAAAAGGAAAUAAGAAACAAUGAUUGUUGCUACCAAAACUAGCCUAUUGAAAAGAAGGAGUGAAAACCUCUAAAUGCCUUUCUUUCAAACUUCUUUUGUAUGUGCAAGAGGAACUUUCUUACAUCGACAAGAAGCAAGCUAACUGCUGCAAACUUAUCGCUUAAAGCUACCAAUUCUGGGUGUCUAGCCUAGCAGCAAUUUUAGCUAGAGUUGUUCUAAGUGUAGCACAGCCACAACAACAUCAACCAACAACACAUCGAUAACACAAUAACACACUAACCAACCAACCAACCAACAAACCAACCAAUCAAGAAACCAACCAUGUUAAUCAUAUUUAUUUUUGUUGAAAGGAAUUAGAGUUUUAUUUUAAAUGUAUUUUACAUUGACAAACAAUCGGCAGCAACGGAAAUACUAUAAAUUUAUAAAUCGUUUUAUAAAGAUUUCAGGUUAAAUCAUUAUUCAGCUUAAUAGUCGUCGUCAUCGUUCUCAUGUCGUCAUCGUCAUAAUUAAAUUACUUAGAUAAUAUAAAGUACAAGUGAUGAUCCACACAAUAUCUAUCUAUUUGGUCAACAUGAAAGACUUGGAGUGUUUUUCUUCUUCUACGGUAGUUUACAAAUAUUAUAGUUAACGCUAUCAUUAUACCAUUAUUAUUAUUAUUAUUACUACAAUUAUUUUUUUUGCUGUUUGUUUUUAGAUCUUUCUUGUGUAAUUAUUCUAUCAUUUACAUGAUAAUUAAAAGUAGUUCAUUCUUAUUGUUAUCCUAAACUAAAACAUUGACUUGAUUAACUUUUGGAGCGGCCGCGGAGGUUUCCGGCGAGGGGGUCUCGAGCCCCCGCAUCGCCCCCUCCCGUUGCCUUCCACACUGUAGUGCAAAUUCGUUUAAUGGAUCCUCGUUUUAA